AUGGCUGCGUUCUUCUCAUCCCUCACCGUGGCCAGCGUCGGUCUCACCUGCAAAUCCUUCCUCAACCUUGGCUUCUGUUCAAUACAAGUCAAUGGUCUCAACAUCCUUCUCGACGCCCUCAACCAUCCAGAACGGCGCAACGACCGAGGACUAGUUACUGAAAGGGUGUUCUCGUCUUUCUUCCGCCUCGGACAGACCCUUGAGACCUUUCGCGGUCAGGGGAUAUAUCAAGAGUCCGUUAAUACAGCGAUCCAGAAGCUGAAUGAAGGAUCGUGGGUACAUCUCUUUGGUGAGGGCAAGGUCAACCAACCGGAUAGCUACACCAUCGAUCCCGAAGGCUAUGCACACAUACCGCGGUUUAAAUGGGGAGUAGGACGAAUUGUCAUGGAGAGUUCCAAUCUUCCAGUUGUCAUUCCAAUGUGGCUUUCUGGAUACGAUAAGCUCAUGCCCGAAGGUCGCCCCUUUCCUCGAAAGUACCUGCCGCGCCUGGGGGUCCGACUCAGCGUGACCUUUGGAGAACCAAUUCCACCAGAACUCCUAUCUCAGGCUAUUAAUCACUCGGCGCCUGAUGACAAAGGCGCGCCAUCAAUAGACGCUCAGCGAUCGCGCCUCACGGCGCUCAUUCACAACCACGUGGAAAGCUUGGGACGAACGGUGUGUGGUCCUCUCCUCCAGAUGAAGCAGUAG